GGGCGGUAGUUUUAAAAUUCCCGGUUAUUGAACCGCUGCUGUCUAUCGUGUAGUUAGCUAACGUUAACCGUCAUAGCCAGCCGCUGAGAUAUGUUUUCUGCCUUAAAGGACUGUAACAUGACUUAUUUUGAAAAGGAUAUCAAGUUGUAUUGGCUAUAAAAUUAGCUAACGUUAGCUGGGCAACACACGUUCCGUACCGUACUACAUUUCAACUGAGAGGCUAGCUUCCUAUCACAAGAUUACAGCGACACUGAACAAUUAAAAUUAAAGUUAUUUCAUCUAGAAACUCAAUGUUACGUUAGUCAGUUAGCAGAGGUUAAUACGCAUCAUUGCACUUAAUCAGGAAUAGCCAUGGAAGUGGGAACUGUCGUGCAGGAAGAGAUGAAAUUUCGCGGAGUGGAAUUCUCCAUAAAGACGGAGCUGGAGGAAGGCUUGCUGACGGUGGAGAUUUCGGACGUUAUGACAGCUGACCAGUGGCGAGGGGAGUUUGAUCCUGCCUAUAUUGAGGACCUCACGCGCAAGACGGGCAAUUUCAAACAGUUUCCCAUCUUCUGUAGCAUGCUGGAAUCUGCAGUCAGCAAGAGAAGUGAGGCGGUGGCGCUGGACCUCCUGACCUAUGCUGACCUGGAGCUGCUCCGUAACCGGAAGGCCGGCGUUGUGGGACGCCCCCGGGGCCAGCAGCAGUCGCCCGCCCUGAGUGCCAAACGCUACCUCAUCCUCAUCUACACUGUGGAGUUCGACAGGAUACACUAUCCGUUACCCCUGCCAUAUAUGGGGAAGCCCGACCCAGCGGCCCUUCAGAAAGAGAUCCGAGCGUUGCGGGCUGAACUAAGCGCUCUUUCUCACAGAGGAGACGCCAGACCAUCAGAUUAUGAGACUCGCCGACUAAGAGCCGAACUGGCUCUGGUCAGAGAGGAGAAGGAGGCCCUGGCCAAGGCUCUGGAGCGUCUGCAGGGGGCGGGGGCGGGGGCCACCCCAGGGGCGGCCAGAGGGCUGCGGGACGCAGUGCGGAGCCUGGAGGAACAGCUGCUCAGAGAAAGAGCCAAGAGCCAGCGCUCUGCCAGCAAGAGAGGUCAGGAGCAGCGCGUCCUCAUGGAACAGCUAGAAGAACUGCGGGGCUCAGAGCGAGCACUAAGGAUACGUGUAAAAAGUCUGACGAGCGAACUGGCUCUUUUGCGGCGCGGGAGGGCGACCCCUCUGUCCGGCGGCUGCGGCGGCUCGCGGGGCGACGCGGAGCUUCGGCGCUCCUCCUCCAGGGAGCGCAGCGUGAGCCGCAUGAUCGCCAGGGCUCGCUCCGGAUCCCGUGAGCGCAUUGACGACAGGGGUCGAAAGUCGGAGGAGAGGGGCAGGAGAGCCGAUUCCACAGGCCCACGCUCCUACAUCGCUCGACCCUCCCCUUCUCCCACAGGAUCAAGGACUCCCAGGUUCGAUCCGACUGCGUUCAUCCAGGAGCGACAGCGUCGGCAGAGAGAGGCAGAGCUCAAAAAUCAGCGUAAGGUCCGGCGGGACAUGCUGGCGUCUCCGUCGCUGGUGGAGCGUGGACGCUCUCGCUCGCGGGAGCUCGGCGUCCAGCUGGUGCGGACGGGCAGUGGUGGGCGGGGCCGCAGCCUCUCGGUGGAGAGCCGCAGGAGCCAGCGGUCCUCAGGGAGCUCCAUCACCGAGCUGGACGAGCUGGCCAAACCCCUGGCAUCACGUGGGAGAAAAGUCAUCUACAACGGUCCCUCCUCGACGAGAGGCAGACAUCUGACCAAGAAGCCCAUGUGUAGCACACCAACCCGGAGGAUGAGGAUGAAUGACCGAGAAACAUCCAUUGACACCGGGGCAGACCUAUCGGAGAUUGACGCUCGACUUCAGGCCUUGCAGGACUACAUGCGAGAGCUGGACACUGGACAUUGAUGUUUUUAAACGUACAUUCCCUGCAGGACUAUGUAUGGGAGCUGGACAUUGAUGUUUUUAAACGUACAUUCCCUGCAGGACUAUGUGCGGGAGCUGGACAUUGAUGUUUUUAAACGUACAUUCCCUGUGUGCACUAAGCUACUGUUGUGGUGGAGGAGGAGGAGGACUGUUACCACAUGGUGAAGAAGCUACUGUUGGGGAUGGGGGUUGUGGUGGUGGUGGAGGAGGAGGAGUACUGUUACCACAUGGUGAAGUACAUGUUGAUUUUGAUGUGUACGUCCUGAGAAGGUGUAGUGUAGGCCAAACCCUUUACCCUAGUUUAUAUGAACUGCCCCUGCAGCUGGACUCUUGUUCCUAAUGAGGAGAUGAAGCCACUGUUGCCAUGGACACCGUUAUGACACGGGACCAUAUUUCCCCCAAAGCCUAACCUCAGAAUAUGUUGACAUUGACAAUCACUUAGUGCAUGGUGACAGUGACGGCCAUGUGUGCUGUCUGUUUGGCACUUUGAACAUGUAAAUAUCUUUUUAUUUGAAUCGUUUCAGUUUUUCUCUUUGUCAAAGAUUUUGAGCGGUGUUUUUAUAUCAAUUACAUUGUGUCUG